AUGGCCAUGGGCGCCGAUCGCGCCAUCCAUGUCGAGGUUCCGGACGACCACCCCCCCGAGCCACUCGGAGUGGCCAAACUGUUGAAAGCGGUCGCGGAGAAGGAGGAGUCGAACCUGGUGAUGGUGGGCAAACAGGCCAUUGACGAUGACAGCGGGCAGACGGGCCAGAUGUUGGCGGGGCUGCUGGGUUGGCCGCAGGCUACGCAGGCGAGUAAGGUGGAGAUCGAGGGCGAGACGGUCACGGUCACCAAAGAGGUGGAUGGUGGGGUGGAUACGGUCAGGGCGAGGCUGCCGAUGGUCAUCACGACGGAUCUCCGCCUGAAUGAGCCGCGAUACGCGAGUCUGCCGAAUAUCAUGAAGGCGAAGAAGAAGAAGAUCGAGAAGAAGACGUUGGAGGACUAUGGCGUGGAUGCGAGGAGAAGGUUGAAGACGGUCAAGGUGGAGGAACCGCCGCCGAGGAAAGGUGGUGGGAAGGUGCAGGAUGUGGAUGGCAUGAUCAGCAAACUGAAGGAACUUGGUGCGUUAUAG